GAAUCACUAUUCGUUGAUGCGUUCGACUGAUUUCCGUCCUGUGACAGGAACUCCUCAUCCUCUCACAUCCCCAACAUACGAGUAGGGACCUACAUCGACGUGAUACGCGGUCUGUCUCUCUUAAUAAAGAGAUACCUACCAAGUUAGCCUAUUGCGUCCCCAUACCCGCCCGCUGGUUUCACGACGUGCUCAACCACAUAAUCGACACGUGCUGCACACAGGCUCGAUAUGGAAGCAUCAUGGCUGACGCUGUCACAACUAACGCUGUCGCCCGAUACAGAGUCUCAGCUCAACACGAAGCACGGUCUGGCUCCUACUUCUUACGAGGGCGAGAAGCAGGCCAUGAAAGCGCUCAGUAGAGGUCUGGCUAGUCUAAGCGUUGACGCUCCGGCCUCUUUCCCGCAGUUUUCCCGACUUCCGCCAGAAUUGCGCCGGAACGUCUGGCGCCAAAGUUGGGGGCACCGGAACGCCGAAGUCGCGCGGACAUCUCUUGGCGUCCGCGCCAGCGAUUCCGAUUUCGUUUUCCAUGACGCGCUUUAUGGUGGUGCUUCUCAUUUUCGCGCCAGCUAUGCCCGUGUCGUUCAGCGAGAGUGGGGCGUCAGAGAACCGGAUCAGCAGCCAGAACGCCAGUCGCCCUACCAGCCGAUCACGUUAACGCGCUGUAAGACCAGUCCGGUCUCUCUCUGGGUGAACCGGGAAUCUCGGGACGAAACUUUGAGGUACUUCGAGUUUGCCUUUGCACUGCCCGGCAACGAUUCGUCCAUGUACUUCAAUUUCGGCCUAGACGUUCUCAAGUUUUCCCUUCACAGCCCGCUCUCGGCGGCAUUCUCAGUGCCCGACCUACGUCGAUUACAGAGACUGUGCAUUCCGGAGCUGGUGCCUGCCGCCCCGGGCUUUCCUCAGACCAUUCAGGGCUGGGGCGCCGGGGUGGAGGUGUCGCUGCCCGAAGUCGACGACGAGAGCGUGGUGGACUAUUCCGAGUUCAGAUACGUCUGGAGACUCCUGCGCGAGUGGUUCCCGUCCCUUCGCGAAAUACGUCUAGAGCCAUUCUACACUUGCAAGCACUACGGCACGUCUAGAGAGCAUGACCCCCUUGUCCCAAACUCGCGGUUCGUCGAUGACAUCGUGUCAUUAAAUGAGCACUGCCCCUCGUGCGUAGGCGUCCAAAACGCAAUCAAGGCCCGCUUCCGGUCGAUCGGUCGAACGAUAGCCGACGACGGCCACGCGGACCUGGAACGCGUCCUCGACUAUUAUGCCAUCCUGCGACCGGUGUCCAAGGAAGAGACGCUGGUUAUCGGCCGGGCCCCCCCGCGCAGUAAGGGUUGCGGAGAGGGAGAACUCGUCACCGUCACGUACCAGGCCAUCUACGAUGGGGACGCCUAUUUGAAAACCGGCUUCGACCCGGCAGCACGGCGGCUGGAUUGGCCUAUGGUGAGGCGGCAAUGCGUCGCCAGGACUCUCGAGCACGCAUUAGGCCCGCCCCGGCCGAGCGAGUUGAUAGUAUGUGAGAUAUAAGGCCACGCGCUAGCAAGACCCCUCGGGGUUCCCGAGAGCAGCCCUCGAUACCCCGAUCUCGUCGGAGGGCAGACAAUGCACACACAUCGUCGCCACGAAGGACCCCGCAACCCAGCUAGCGAGGGGCCUGGAGAAUUCAGGCAGUCAAGACCGAUAGAAGGAUAUACUAAAGUGUUUAUAUAUAUAUGUGUGUGUGCGUGUGUGUGUGUGAAGUCGAUCCGAGUGUGAUCUGAGACGGUGAGGGUGGUGAUUAUUUGAGCCCGAGUGUUCCAUCGCCCAUCAACCAUGAGUAACACCGCCUCAAAUAUGAACAGUUACUUCCCGUUUGGAAGCCCAAGCGGAGAAGCUGCCCGUAUAUUUCUAUAGAUAAACUCACAAAGGCAGAUUCAAUAAUACGUGUUACGG